GCUUGCUCUUCCGUUUUUUUCAUGUGAUACUCAUCCCGCUCUCCGGGUGGGUCUGGAGUGACGAUGACGCGCUGCUGUCACUUUCUUGCUAUCACCCUCCUGGCUCUGGGCAUCCCAGAGGCGAUUAGCAGCUGGACGAGUUUAGCACAUCUCCGGCCUCGUAUAGAUGACGGGGUGCAGACGCGAGCGGUUACAGAGUUACUGCGCCGCCUUCUGGGGGAGCGGGCGUCCGACUUUGUGGUGUCGGUGGACGGAGCGCAGGGAUGGGCUGAAGGCGACCUGGACUCUUACGAGCUGAGCUCGACCAAAGAUGACAAGGUCUCCGUAACUGGAAACACCGGCGUGGCGGCGGCGAACGGUGUCUACAGCUAUCUGAAGGAGUUUUGCGGCUGUCACGUGUCCUGGUCGGGCGACCAGCUGCGAGUGCCCCGGCCGCUGCCGCGGAUUCCAGAAGUGAUAAAGGUCAGCUCUCCCAAUAGGUUCAGGUACUACCAGAAUGUGUGCACACAGAGCUACUCCACUGUCUGGUGGGACUGGCCCCGCUGGGAGAGAGAAAUCGACUGGAUGGCCCUGAAUGGGAUUAACCUUCCACUAGCCUUCACUGGACAGGAGGCCAUAUGGCAAGAGGUGUACCUGUCCCUGGGUCUGAAUCAAUCGGACAUAGACGCAUUCUUCACUGGCCCGGCCUUCCUGGCCUGGGGGCGAAUGGGAAAUUUACAUUCGUGGGGUGGACCUUUACCACAAAGCUGGCAUGUGAAGCAGGCAUCCCUGCAGAAGAAGAUCCUGGACAGAAUGCGGUCUCUGGGGAUGAUUCCAGUCUUGCCGGCCUUUGCCGGUCACGUGCCAGCAGCCAUUACCAAGCUGUUCCCCCAAGCAAACGUGACACAGCUAGGGCCAUGGAGCCACUUUGACUGUAACUACUCGUGUUCCUAUCUCCUAGACCCUCGGGACCCCUUGUUCUUGAACAUUGGCAAGUUGUUCCUCAAACAGCAGCUCCAAAAGUUUGGGACAGAUCACAUUUAUAGUGCAGACACUUUUAAUGAGAUGAUCCCUGCGUCGUCUGAUCCUGUUUACCUGUCUGCAGUUAGCAAGGCGGUGUUUUCUUCCAUGACGGCAGUUGAUCCUCAAGCUGUCUGGCUCAUGCAAGGUUGGCUUUUUGUCCAUCAGCCGGAUUUUUGGAAGCCUCCUCAGAUCAAGGCUCUGGUGCUUGGUGUACCCCUAGGCAGAAUGAUUGUGCUUGACUUGUUUGCAGAGUCCACGCCUAUUUAUAUCUCCACCAAAUCCUUCUACGGCCAGCCCUUCAUCUGGUGCAUGCUGCACAACUUCGGCGGGAACACCGGCCUCUUCGGGACAGUCGAGAGUAUUAACCAAGGUCCAUUUGAUGCCCUCCAUUUCCCUAACUCUACCAUGGUGGGGACUGGCCUUGCACCUGAAGGCAUUGAGCAGAAUGCUGUGCUGUAUGAGCUGAUGAGCGAACUGGCGUGGCGGAAGGAGCCUGUCAACCUUCUGAAGUGGGUGUCUGCUUACGCAACACGCCGCUAUGCCAGCAGCAGUGAGAACGUGGCAGCUGCCUGGCGCCUCCUCUUCCAGAGCAUCUACAACUGCACCAUCCCGUUCUACCGAAACCACAACCGCAGCCCACUGGUUCGCCGGCCGUCACUUCGAAUGGACACAAACAUCUGGUAUAAUCGUAGCCACCUGUACGAGGCCUGGCGGCUGCUCUACCUGGAGGCCAAGUCGCUGGCAUCUUCUUCAGAGACCUUCAGACAUGAUCUCGUGGAUGUCACAAGGGAAGCCCUGCAGCUCCUUGUGAGCGACUACUAUCAGGAAAUCACUACUUACUUUGCCAAUCACCAGUUGACUGAGCUGAUGACUGCGGGUGGAGUCCUGCUUUAUGACAUUUUGCCUGAAUUGGACAACCUCCUGUCUAGUGAGGGACACUUCCUGCUUGGCGUCUGGUUGGAACGGGCGAGGGCUAUGGCACUGGAGGAGAAAGAGGCUGACCUGUACGAGUUCAACGCUCGCAAUCAGAUCACACUCUGGGGCCCUAGUGGGAAUAUCCUGGACUAUGCUAACAAAGAGUGGGGCGGUCUUGUCAUGGAUUACUACACCCAGCGAUGGGGGCUCUUUGUCAGCACUCUGAUUGAGUGCAUUGACCAAGGGGUUCCUUUCAAGGAGGAGGCUUUCAACCGUGCUGUGUUCCAAGUGGAGAAGGCCUUUGUGGCCAGCCGGCGCAAGUAUCCCGUUGAGCCAGUGGGGGACACCUACGAGAUUGCCUCCAGAAUAUUCGUGAAGUAUUACCCACAAGCUGUGUGGAACCUGCGGAAGGCAUGAUGAGCCUGUGACAGUCCCCCAUGGUGCCCCCCUUGUACUCCAGCCUCCAGGAUGUGCCAGCUGAGAGGAUGUUAUUGAAUCAGUGCACCCAGCUUGGACAUCUCCAAACUCAUCUUUAAUUGUGCAAUGUGGCAUCUUGUACCAGUAUCGUGCUCCCCCGGUAGGUGAGGUGAUGCUUCACUGGUUUCAUCCUGUUCAUGUUUCUAGCAGACUGACCUUGGGUGGCAUGGUGCGGUAGGGCAAGACCCAGACUCAACCUGUUUAUGUUCAAACCCUCAAUUGGGAAUGUUCUAGACUCAAAGCAUUACCAGGUCUCAAAUCAGUGCCAGGUUUUGGUAGGGGGAGUCAGUCAGUCUGCCAGUCAGUGUUUAGAGGUAUACUCCCACCAAAAAUGACAUCUUGUUAUCCGCUGUUUAACCCCGCAUUAUUUGUUAUGAUGGCCGAGAUAAUCGUUUAUUAAAGAAACAAAAAUUCCCAAUGCAACGGGCUUUAGUGGGAGCCCACACUAAACAACAGCAAACUAUUUAAGAAAAAAAAAAAUCUCCAGUUACUCGUCUCACACCAUUGAUGCGUCAGGCAGGCAUUCGAAUACACACAGCGUCCCAAACAGGCGUAUUUUGGCUAAAAAUUCAGCUUCGGAAAAAUCACUUCGUGAAUAAACGGCUUGCAAAUGUGAAAGUGCUUUUGAAUCAAAGACCCUCCUCCCUUUUCAUUCAUUGGUCAGUCCUGCCCAGCAACAGCUUAUUCAUUGGCUAUCAUUAUGCUUCGCAUACAUGUGUGUGAAAAAGUAAGUGCACCCCAGGGAAAUUGGGGAUUUUUCUUUAACAUAACUGUACAGGCAAAUGAUAGAUCUUCAUGUAAACGGUGCCUACAGAUAAAGGUGAUAUAUAGUUGAAUUAAAACACAAGGAACAUUUGUCUUUUUAAUCAUUUAUUCAGCAAAUAUAUCAAUAGAUGUAAGAAAAGUCCACCUUUGGCCACAGGAGCUGGUAUUGUCCCCUUUAGCCGAAAUGACUUCAUGUAGGCGGUUUGUAGUCCCUGACAUUGACUCGGUGACGUUUGUGACCACUCCACCAUGCCAGAUUCCUUCAGUCGCAAGAUGUUUGUGGGUUUUUCUUGCAUGUCCUCCCAGUUUCACAACAUUUCCCUGGGAUGCAAAGCUGGGCUUUGACUCCUCCAGUCCAUAUUUCUUCUUUUUGAGCCAUUCCUUGUGGUUUGGAUUAUUAUCUUGUUGAAAGAUCCAUUCAACUUCCAGACUGGUGGCCUUUCAUUCUCAUCAAGCAGACUUUUAUCUUCUUCCUCUUCAUCUUUUCCCACUUCUGUGUGGGGGCAAUGUGCUCGAUCAACCUUCUCCAAACAGCUCAGUCCUGCUCCUCCUCAGUCAAACCCUUUACCUUCAGAUCAUGUUUUACUUUAUCUGUCCACUUCAGCUUUGGCCUCCCUUACUGUCUCUUCCCCUGGACCUCCACUCCCAUCACUCUUUUGCCCUCAUCACAUGUCAUAACACUUUAGCCUACUUUCCUGGAUCUUCCUAGAUAUUUCUUCCAUUUUUGUUGAACCACAGAUGGUCUCAUUUCUUAUUUUGCUCUUUUUUUGUAACUCCACAUAUCCAUCCCAACAUUCAAAUUUCCAGCCACUUCUAACUUCGUCCCCUGCGGCUCCUUUUGCUGCCCCACAUCUCAGUGCAGUACAUCAUUGCUUUGUUAUGAUGCGGAAUUCGAUGACUGCAACCUGCAAAGCAGCCCCAAACCAGAACAUUUCCACCACCAGGCUUCACAGUUGGUGUGAAGUUCUUUUCGGUUUGCGCCCAACAUCUCUGCUGUUGCUGUGGCCAAACAACUCCAUGUUUGAUUCAUCUGCCCAUAGCACAUUGCUCCAAAUGACCUGCUCUUUCACUAGAUGUUCAAUGGCAAGCUUUAGCCUUCCUCUGAUGUUCUUUUUGGACAGCAGUGGCUCUUACCUGGUACACCUCAUAUGCAGGUGAGGUUUGUGUGAUCUUCUUGUGAUCGUUGUGUGUAGCACCUUCCAGAGCCAUCUGCAGUAGUGUACUGGAGUUAGAGAGGAGCAGUGCUCAGCACUGCGGCCUCCCUGCUCAACUCCUUUACGUGAAUCCCAUACUCAUCGUGGCCUGUGUGACAUUUCUAAAUUCUCCCUGUGUCUGUGUGCACAAGACAUACAGAAGAUUUGUGUCUGCUUGAGAGAGAAUACCCAACUCCUGAUUUAUUCAGGAAAAGCUCAGUUUCUCCAUGGUCCAACAUUGGUUUCCCAAUAUGGUGUAAUGUUUAUUUUAAAUGGUCUUUCCCCAGUAAGCACUAGCAUAGCAAAAUGACAGAUUUGAAAACGUCAAAUAACAACUCACUUUGCUUUAUAUGUUGCACUUCACAUGGCCAGUUUGGGGCUUUAAGUGGUACUGCUGUGGUACAGGGCCCCUUAGUGACUGCAAGGCUCCAAGCAGUCAUUUUGCUUAUUUAUGGUUAAAUAAAAAGACCAGUAGAUACAGUGGCCUGGUCACGUGUACAGAGUACAGCUGUAAUUGAAUGAAAAGAUGGAACUCUGGAGAGCGCAACAUACAAUUGUCCGUGACUGAAAAUUGGUUUUGGCAGAUACAGGCAUAUCUUUUUGAAAGUUUGUCCCUGCGCCUUAUUAAUUGUCAUUGCAAAGGCCAAUCUAACAGGAAAUUGUCUGCGUGUAAAAAUAAAACGCAAAUUUUAAUCUGAUGGGGUCAGGGAAAUCUGGGGAAUAUGGACAGUUUGUGAGGUAGGAGCUGCGAUUGUUUUACCCCCCAGUACAUUGCGGUGAAUGCUGAGAACAGUCAGUCUAGUGCCUUUACAGAGACUUCUUGCUGGCAUGAGGUUUCUGAGAAGAAUGACGACUGAACCAAUUUUAAGUUUGACUUUAUGCGGAGGCAUGCCAGAGGGAGUAAUGGCUGCCCGAC